CACCCCGCCUUCCGUCGCCUCCUUUGCCUUGCCCGCGUUGCCAUUUGCUCGCGAGCAGCUGAAUUUCUUCCGGCGGGCUUCGGCUGGGGUUCGUGUGAUUUGACGGGAGGGCUCGGCGAGGAGUCGACGCUGACGCGCGGGAGUCACCGGCGGAGUGGGGCGCACAGGGGGCGCCAGUGAUCCUGUGUGCUGAUAUGAUUACCCAGGGUAUAAUACAGAAAAUGAAGACAGUUCUCCAAGGGUCAGGAAGUCAGGAACCACUCAUGUGAUCAGUCUUGGAAGCCCUGAUUUGUGUUUCUACUCUCGUUUGGCUUGUUUGCCAUCAACCACAUUAUCAGAUAAGUAUAUCUGAUUAGCUAUGUAGCCCUUGUUCAGCACAUAAUUUUCUGAUUACCUGAUACACUAGGAAAAAGGAUGUUUUUUAAAGUAAGCAGUGGGAAAGUUGGGAAACAGCAUCAAUGAAUGUUACAGUGAAUGAAUCUUUUCAAAAAGUUCUUUGUAUCCCUCUCUUUCAAGAAGGCAUCCUUGGCCUAAAAAUUAAACCAAGCAGAACUUUGGCUUAGUCUCAAAAACUAUGAAUAUAAGUUUGGUUGGACUUCUAUUCAAAGUACUUUGCAUGAAUAUUAGAUUUCAUGCAAUAUCUGAUUAAGUAAUAAGAUUAGUAAAUUGGAUUAAUGUAGAAUUUUAAAUGCUGCUUUGGCAAUGAAAACAAAAGCUAACAUGAAAUGGCUUAAAAACAGAUAACAAAGGAAAAUAUGUAGAUAGUCUUCAUAUCUUGUUUUCAUUGAGGUUGUGGCAAUAUAUCAUAAAGCAAGAAGAGCUUUCGUAAAUGGAGAUGGAAACUUUUAUAUUGAAAAUGUUCUGUUGCUGUAUUUUUCUGCAGAAACCUUUGCAUGGUUUCACAAAAUGAAUUAAUAAUGUAGUAAGUUGAUGUUGUAACAUCAAAUAGACCCAUUUCAAAAUUGUAAUUCAAUCAGUGGGUGGAAGGAGAGUCAAGCUGCCUGCUGGUUUUGCUCCAAAUUCUAUUCAUUGUCUGAUUCUGCUCCACCCCAAACCACAAGCUCCUAAGCAUCAGGUGGGGUUUGGGCAGAUAAUUGUCAGACCAUACCAGAGCCAUGGCCCCACUCCCCUCCCUUACUUGAAUACUUUUGCCCAUAAAUUUCUAUAAAUGCUGCUGUUGUAUUUAUUCCAUGGCAAUUGGUGUCUUGUUGACAGAAAAUUCUACAGAAAUGGAUAAAGAUUGAACCUUGAGGCUAGUUUCAAUAUUGGACACUGAGGAGCACAGAAUUGCUCCACAGAGAUAGAUUUUCUCUGCUUCUGAGUUCUAACAAGACUUCAGAGAUCUGUGAGAGAUUCAUUUUUGUUUAAAGGAUAUAAGAGAAAUAAAAAUGUCAAAAACUCUGAAACUGAAAUGCACUUCUAUCUCUCCUUUAUAUUCAGUGUCCUUGAAAAAAUGUCAGGAGAUAUACCAUUAAACAUCAAUAUUAAAGAGCCUCGCUGGGAUCAAAGUACGUUUGUUGGACGAGCUAGCCACUUCUUCACUGUAACCAAUCCUAGGAAUAUAUUGUUAUCCAAUGAACAAUUAGAAAAAGCAAGAAAAAUUGUGCAUGAUUACAGACGAGGCAUUGUGGCCCCUGGGGUGACAGAAGAUGAACUGUGGAGAGCAAAAUAUGUCUAUGAUUCAGCCUUCCAUCCGGAUACUGGUGAAAAAAUGGUUUUGAUUGGCCGCAUGUCUGCUCAGGUGCCUAUGAACAUGACAAUUACUGGCUGCAUGAUGACUUUUUAUAGAACAACUCCAGCAGUGGUCUUCUGGCAGUGGAUUAAUCAGUCAUUCAAUGCCAUUGUAAAUUAUACCAACAGGAGUGGAGAUGCUCCAAUUACUGUCAGCCAGCUGGGAACAGCCUAUGUUUCUGCUACCACAGGUGCUGUUGCAACUGCUCUGGGACUUAAUGCACUCACAAAGCAUGUUUCACCUCUUAUAGGACGUUUUGUUCCUUUUGCUGCUGUAGCUGCUGCAAACUGUAUCAAUAUUCCAUUAAUGAGGCAAAGGGAACUAAAGUAUGGUAUUCCCAUUACAGACGAAAAUGGGAACAGACUGGGUGAAUCAUCCAAAGCUGCUCAACAGGCCAUCGUGCAGGUUGUGAUUUCAAGGAUCCUGAUGGCUGCUCCAGGAAUGGCCAUUCCCCCGUUCAUAAUGAAUACUUUGGAAAAGAAAGCAUUUUUAAAGAAGUUCCCAUGGAUGAGUGCCCCCAUUCAAGUAGGAUUAGUGGGUUUCUGUUUGGUGUUCGCAACACCUCUGUGCUGUGCAUUAUUUCCACAGAAAAGUUCCAUGUCUGUAACACGUCUGGAGCCAGAAUUACAAGCUAAGAUCAAAGAGAUGAGUCCUGAAUUGGAUCGGGUAUAUUUUAACAAAGGGUUAUGAUUUGUAGAAGACAAAUAUGGUGAUUUGUCCUUCAAUGAUAGUUAGAUGAACUUAUUUUAAUUGCAUCUACUUAGCUGAAACAAUGCAGUCCUGACAUGUUCUUUCAGUUUUGUAUAAUUUUGAACACUGAGAUUAUUUAAGUAUCACAAGGAAAUUUUCAUAAUUAUGGUCUGAAAAUUCUGACAAUUGUCCAAUUCAGCUGCAAAUAUUCAAAAUGGUUUACAUUAAUAACUAUCUACCAGUCAAAAUUUCAGUUCCUUUGGAAAGUGUAACAACUUCAAGGAAAUCAUACAGUGUUAUCUUAAAGUUACUGCCUAUCUUAUUUUUUUUUCCACUACAAGAAUAACAAAUUCAUCUUUGCUAUUACAUUUGUAAAUACAAUUCAAAUGACAAUUAUCAGAUUACUUCCUCAGAGUCCCAAAGAGUGACUUUGUGAUAUCUCUUUGAUAUAUGAAUCUUAGGUUUUCUUAUUUCACUUACCUAAUGUUUGGAUAGGGGAAGUAAUUAUGACGGGUGAGAGUGAGAGGUUUCAGUGCUGUUGAAAUUUGAAGCCAUUUCCCCUGUUUAUUUAUCAUUUGACUGUUGCACUUCUAGCAUAAAAGCUCUCUGAAAUUGGAUAAACUCUGCUUGGAUAAAGUUCUAUUUAGAAUGUCCUAAGUCUGUUAAAAUAAAGUCACUAAGCCAGAGGUUCCCAAACUUUCUCAGUUCAUGGCACCCAUAGUGUCUCAGUAGUUUUUUCUUACUGCCCCUAUCAGUUCCCAAACUGUGCACCAUGGCACCUGGAGUUAGUUAUUAAUUAGUAAAUAAUCCCAUGGUGCUGUUUAUGAAGUAAUAACAUAUCAAUUUAUUUAAGUUCCAUUUAUUUGGUAGUAAAAUACCCCAUGGUGCCCCUGUGAGUUCGCUGCAAUGCCCUGGGAUGCUGUGGCACACAGUUUGGGCACCAUGCCACUAAGCCAUAAAAUAAGCAAUGAGAAUAUCUGCUAUAAGUGAUCUUGUAAAGCAAGUCUUGAAGCCUAUCCAAAUGUUGAGCAAGGCAUAGUCCUGUCAGGACAAUACUACCUCCCCAUGUAUGAUGCGUAUUGAAGAUUGCAUUAUGAGCAUGCCCGGCAUGCAGCAAGCCAAAAAAAUAUGCUAAUUCUCUUAGUGAAAGAAAAUGCUUUCUUGGUCAACAUUUUAAUUAGUUUGACAUCUAGCAGCAAUGAGCAGGAUCUCAUAUGAAUUUUUAACGGCUUUCAGACAUUGUGCACUAAUGCCUAACUGGUGACAUUGGCCAAAUUCUGCAAAACCCCAAGGUGUUGAAUUUAUAUGUUUCAUCAAUACAUUUCUAUGGUCUUACCUAUUAUAUUUUCCCAGAAAUGAUUAGUAUAUAUUAUGAGCUCAUGUUCUCAUGUCUGAUAAUUCUUAAAAUCCUGAAACAGUCUGUUAAAUACAGCUACAUGGAAACACCAGGCUGCUAAAUACUAUUUUCAGAGUGGUUUUUUUUUAUUUUUUUCUCCCCAAAAGAGGUGCUAUACAGUAACUUUUUAAAAACAUUUGCAAAGCAUGUAUUUAUGGCACUUUUAAUCAAUUUCUUACUGGUCUCCUGCUAGUUACUCAGUACGCUUUGCUAUCCAUACACCUAUAAUGCAACGAUCCUGCAAAGUAGGGUGCUAUUGUUUCUCAUUAUAAAGACAUGAGAAAACAGACCACAAAAUAGUGACUUCUUUUUUUGAAAAAAAAAAGUCACCUGGCAAGUCUACUACUAAGUCGAACCAAAGUCCCAAUGCUGUGUCCAUUGAAGCAUGCUAAUUAUUCAUUUGGCACAAAUUCUGAAAAUUAUUUCUAUCCAAGUUUCCACUGGAAUUUCAGCAUGCCUGAACAUACAUUAUUGGUAUUUACUAUUCAAUGUACCUUCUCCCAAGUGUAAUAUCACAGUGGAGACCUUUGUACUGGUAUGAAUAAAUCUAGCUCUGUACUCAGUGAAGUUGCUGUUCAGGAUAAACUUUGCCCUUUGUAUAUAUCCAAAAUAGUUAGUAGACCACUUAUAGCAUAGCUAAUACUCAGGUGUAUUAGACAGAAUAUAGUUUAUUGUGAUUAUAAUACGGUGAAAUGUGCCAUACAGGAAAAGUUUAUUUAGUAGCAGAAGAUUCUCAGCUUGGAAUGGAAAGGAAAAAAAAAAUAAAUGUGUGAGUUGAAUACUUACUUUACGAAGACCCCUAAGCAGCUGGAUUUGCAGCCAGUGGUUCUCAAGCAGCCUGGGAGUUUGGUUGGUAGUUUAUCUUGAAUUCCUCAAGAUAAGGUAAAGAGCAGGUGAGCAUAGCAUCAUCUAAUUUUCCAUGCAAAGCAUAUUCACAGGAGAGUAAGCUAACUGGGUAUAUUGUUCAUGUCAGACAAAGAUGAGACCAUUGUAUGCUUGGCUAAAGUCCAGUAUAAGUAUGUUCUCUAAAUAUUCUCUUCUGCUGGUGGUUCAUCAGUAAGCUAGGAAAGGAUUUCCAGAAUUGAGAGAAACUGACUCCAGGACAAAACUGUUCAUAAGUUUGGUUGCUGUUUUUAAAGGCCUCUAUUUCUCCCAAUAUCGCUAUAUAUUUUGAACUGCCUGUUUAGGCUGCAUCCAGAAAGACUUGCACUUUCUAAUUCAUGCCACACUCUGGUAUGAGUGGCAUACAUGAAAAAUAUGACAGAUAACUUGCCUUUAAACAGGAGUGAUAUGGCAAGUGAUAGGCAGUGUGGGUGUGAUGGUGAAAGGAGGGGAAAUUUUGCAGCCCAAAGGCUGUGCCACCUAGAUGUACUUUGGUCAGACAGAUUUCUGCCAGUGCAGAUAUCAGUUUUACAACCAUCAAAUUAUAUCAUGCCUGCUCACAGUAGGAUCCCAUUUUGUUAAGAAGGGGUUGACUUCUUCAUGAAGAGGCUUAGGUUGCAGUUAUUGACCUUGGUACCUUGGCAAAAUAAUGGCAAUAAUUAUUUUGAAAUGUGAACUUUAGUUAAUUGCAAGUAAUUAUAGUUCACAACUAAAGAGACUACCGAAGGGAAUUAAUAAUGCAGUCACUUGUUUAAGGGCUUGUUUUUUGAAAGAGAUUUCUGCAACUUUCCAGAAGGUGUGUUUUAGUUGAUAUCACUUGAAUAUAUAUCAUGUGACUUCAGUAUGUUUAGAAAAACUGAGUAUUCGCAUGUGGCAUGCUUGAAAUAAUAUAGCCUAGAGCACAAAAAUUUUUACUUGCAUAUUUUUUUCUAGGAUAAGAAAACAUUGUUUUGUUCCUGGAAUACAUGUAUUUAAAACAAAUUAAGUAUCAGAGAGUUUUUGUUCAUUCUUUUUUAACAGGAAAACUGUACAUUUUCUUUGUGGUAUUUAGCAGAACAAAAUAAUACCAGGACCAAGAAAUUUAUACUGAUCUGAUAGAAACAAUGUUUUUUUAAAAUAUUUCCAAUGAAGUGCAAUAAAGAUAAAGAAUUAGUUAAAUCAAGUAACUAUUAAUAUUGUCCAAUUUUAGAAAAAAUCUGGAUUAUACUGUGACUUAUAUACCUUUUCAAUACAAGUAUUAGCACAACAUCUUGCCAGAAUUGAUGGUAUUACUUAAAAUCAGUUGGAUGAGAUAUUAAACUUGGUAACUAAAAUGUA